CUGGUUCGACUCUCUGUCUCAUCCUCCUUUCCCCUCUCUCUAUCUUUUUCUCUCACUCCCCCCACCCCCCACCCCCCGCCCUUGCCCCUUGGGUUUUCGCCUGACGACGCUGCUCUCUCGGGCAUUUCGCCGGAAACCGACGCCGCGCGAGGACAUCUGAGUUUUCGUUACGUGUACACACGCACCGUUCCAUCUUUUUCCACCGUUUUGUAAGCGGACACGCAGGCAUCUUGCCCAACGAGCACGUAUCCACAAUGAGCACUAAGGAAAACAACGAGGUCGCUGUCGAGAAGGUGACCGAAAACGAUAAGGCUUCCGGGGACGCGAAGUGUGAGAUCAAAGGAAUCAAGAGGCCGGCCGAGGAAAAGAAUGACGAACCAAAAAAACAGAAGAAGGAAGAAAACGGCGACGGAGAAGUGGAAGAGGAGGAAAUAGAAGAGGAGGAGGUAGAAGAUGAAGAUGAAGUCGACGGCGAUGGCGAAGAGGACGACGAGGAAGACGAAAUGCCAGAAUGCGAGGAAGAUUUAGAAGAGGGCGAAGAUGAAGAGGAGGAUGACGUAGAAGGUGAAUUAGAAGGAGAAGUAGAGGACGAAGAGGAAGACGCAUAAUGAAAAAAGGGAAGGAGGUAUGUAAGUACGAAGGGAGGAGGUAGGCACAUGGAGUCGCCGUCGUCGAUCUUCGGCAGUCUUCUCAGCAAACGCUUACUCUCAUAUUGAGUGGUUGGUAGCAAUGUUGAUAUCCAUCGUGCCCUAUACCGUAUUGCUGGAACCUCCCGACCUACAAAAUAAAAAUUACCACCUCACCAGAGUUGUGGUGGGCUGACACGCAUUAGAGGGCAUCCGCGAUUCUACUGUCUUGGCUCUUUGCAAUUCUGGUCGUCUAGCCAUCACCAAAUACUUUGUUAGGUAGUUUGAAUUGAAAACCAUAUAUUCGUCGUGAGAACGUCGAUUUAAUAUCUCAUGUAUAUCUGAUUGGCAACCGUGCUCUCGAUACAUCGUCAACGAUCCCAAGCCGAAUUUAUCGGUUUUAUCCAAACCACCUACUAAUUGGUAUUUGCCGUCAUCUGGCUUUCUCCGCGGGACAGUUUUAUAAAGGAAACUUAUUUAAGAUAUGAAAAGCUCUAUUGUAUUUAAAUAGUGUAAAAUGAACAUUUGUGGGUGAUUUUUUUACAUUUGAAAUCAAAUUUAUGUUUGUAGUUCGACGAAUGUCUCUCACCUUGUGCGCGUGAUUGAUUUUCCUUUUCUCGAUCUGUAUGUGUAUUUGCAACGACAUUGCAGGAGCGCGGGCGGCUCAAUUUUUUUCCUAUUUUGUUCGAUUACCUACUUCUUUACUUGUAUAAAACGAGUAGACAAGUAUGUAUUUAAAACAAAAAUAGACAAAGUCGAACGGGCAUGUCUCGAUAUUCGAUAUACACUGAAAGAGAAUUUUAAACAGAGUCUAAAAACUGCUGCGCACUCCUGUUCGAUUUAAGAAAAGGUAAAGAAAAACAGGAAUUAAGGUUAAUGCAACGCUCGCGCCGGGUAGUGUGGAUGUGUAAUGUGUGACUUUAACAUUGCAUAAUAAUUAUACAUAGCAUGUAUAAAGUUAUGGAAUAAGAAACAUUUUAUUAUUAACGAUAAUAUUAUGUAACGUAAUGUAAUGUGGACAAGUGUUACACUUUAGGCUUAGGGCACAGAAUAGGGAGAGAAUGUUUAUUUUACGAGGUGCAAAUACCGCAGAUUAAUGUUUUAUUUCUCUAAAAACAACUAUAUUCCAUUUGUACACAGCAUAAGUUUGUGUAGUUACGUAACAACUUUAAGAGACAAGUCGCGUGGCAAAUUUAAAAAAUCGUUGACAAUGAUGCAAAGUAACCGUCGAUCUCGAUAUCGAUGUGUACUCUCCCUAUUCGACUGCUCUUAUUCGAGCGUAAUUAAUUUGUAUUGUACGUAUCGUGGUUUUAUUUUGACUUCAUUGUCAUGGACUGUUCAUAGCAAUGAUUCGUUGGCUGUCGCAGAACGAGUGACAGUAUUCUGUACUAUGACAGUUGCCGUUGUGCAUAGUGAUCAGUGUCUUAUCAAUGACCAUAUAGCUGUGGAAAUUACCAAUGGUAUCAUAUAAUUUUUUAAUGAGUUCAAAUGCAAUUCAUUGUUUACCAAACGAUGAAAAAGAUGCUCUUUGUGCUAGGGUCGGUGGAUCGUUGCAAAUGGAACGUCCAUGUUGCCACUUAUUUCGGGGAGACUGGUAGACAAGAAAGGGUGAAGAGACAUUGCGGUUACGAUACCAUUGUACCAUAGCUGCAUAAUAAAUAAAAGUAACGAUAAUUUGAAUGCGAGACGAUGUCCCACGUUUUAAUGUACAAAUAUUUUCGAAUGAGAUAGUUAAAUAAAACGCAGUUAGAUCAGAGAAAAUGAUUCGUUCUCGUGAGUAGUAAUGGGUUAUACAUCCGAAAAUAAAUUACAAAAAAUGGCAGUAUUAAAGAAAAAGAAAACUGCUAUUCGUGAACUGUAUCCUGCUACACUGAAUCCAACGAGAUGGGAUGGAUCGUGUAACGUUUACAACAACAUCAAAUCCGGAUCGUAAUCAUACGUAAAAGGCGUACGUAUUAGCAGUUUAUAAUUGUACCGUUUACAGACCAUACCCAUCUCUAAAACUCUGUUACUCUACACUUUUAUACACAAUCCAUUGUUGUAUUUUACACGUGUUCGCUUCAAGAUAGUACCUUGACAAAUGCGUUGACAAAGAACUAUCUUCAAGUACAGGUGCCUGAGCAAAAAUGAGUACUUUACCGUUCAUAGUAUACAAUGCAUACACGAUAAGUAUAGGUCCAUUUAAUUUUAUUAAUACACUCCCGAGCCCCGUUUGCAACAUGUCCAAAAGGAAUAACAAAAGGACUCCCGUUUCGUACUCGAAGCCAGAGAUCACGGAACUCUUCUCUGCUCGAGUGCUUGACGUGACUCUGGAAAUUAUUUACUGGUGCUAACGGGUCUUACAAUCAAUCAAUCAAUCAAUCAAUCAAUCAGGCUAAUCGCCUAGAUACCGUUACAUCCCUACGUUUGUUAGGUAAGCAUUGAAAAAAAAAAACAAACUUAAUGAAUUUGGUAACGACACCUGUUACGAUUAAACGUAAACGAAAAUCCUAGGCUAAGAAUUUGGUUUGUGUGUUCAUAAAUCUUGUUCAAACUACUUUUGUACAGGAUACCAUCGCAUCAUCACUUUCGACGUAACAGUAACCGACACCACAGACUAUAUUUCUGCCCAUUCCAUCAGAAUUGAACUUUCAUUGUAUUUUUAAGUAAAUACAUUUUGGAAAAGAACAAAUUGUUUUUUAUUCUUCACGUGUCUGUGAAGGAACGAGUCUUCUUCCCUAUGCGUAAAUAUAUUCUUUUACGAUACUUGGACCAUUUAUUUCUUUGAAGGUACUUUACAAUAAUAACGUUUCUACUUGCCUUGUAUAUACGUAUAAAUUAAGAAUUAAAUGUGUGGUAAUGCUGUGUAAAUACUAACAAGCAAUUAUGCAAUAAAACGUGUACAUAAUGAUAUGCGAUACACUGGAUUAAACACUAUAUUAAAAUUCAAUAGUUGUGUUUAUUUACACGUAUAAUUGUAUGUAAAAUUAUAGUAUACUCUUAGAUGUAACUUUAUACAUGUAGUAAAUGUAUGUAUCUACGUAUAAUCUUAUUUGUAUCAGAUAUUUUAUUUAUAAAAUACUCUGUGUAAUAAGUAUAGCGAUUUGGUAACUGGUACCGGAAUACAAAUCGCGAGUAUUUGUGUACAUAAAAAUCUACGAUGAAAAACUAUAACAUUUUUUCCCAUGUAACCGCAAAACUAGCAUACUGAGUCCUUAGUUUAGGACAGAAAUUUAUUUGAAGAUUAAUCAACGUGCCUGGACGGAAUAUGUAUUGGAGUUUUUAUAAUCGGGGUAUAUAUAUAAUUGGGAUGCAAAGCAAUUUAUGCUUAGAAAUUACUCUUAAUAUAAAAACUAUAUUUACAAAACAAAUUUGUAGCAAAUAUAAAUGUGUAAAAAAUAAAA